UCGACAGUGUUCAGUCAUGCGCAUAGCUACUGCAAUAGCGAAUGGAAGUGCUUUUCUUCUUUUUCAGAGUUCUCCCUUACCGCGAUUGCUAUGCGCGCGCCAUCAUUCAUCUACCAAAUUGUUCGUCGCAGGGCUUUCCUACGAUACGAAUGAAACUGUUCUGAGAGAUGCAUUUGAGCAACACGGUGUUAUCAUUGAAGUUAAAGUAAUAUGUGAUCAUGUGACUGGGAAAUCAAAAGGAUACGGAUUCGUGCGGUUCACUUCUGAAACCACAGCAGCCACAGCUCGCAAAGAAAUGCACGGCCAGAUACUGGAUGGCAGACUCAUUCGGAUGGUGUUAGUGGCUCAAAGAUUGUAAAGUAGGGUGAGAGAUAGUCAAUUGGGCUUAAUCUUUAACUCCUUCGGAUAUUAAGGUGCUCAUGUGCAUGAGAUUGGUUUUAACUUUUAAGUCUUAAAUUUUUUGGAUAUUAUAUAAUGCAUUCAGCUAUAAAAUUGUUUGAUCAAAUUCCAAUUUAUUACCCUGUGAUUAUAGCUUGAUUAAAGAUAGAUUUCCUACCACUAGAGCUUCAUGUUAUAUUCUUCCUCUUGGAAAUAAUCAUUGUGUAAAAUUAUGGCCAUUCUUAUUCAUUUUGGCGGUGGAGUUUGGAUGGGAAAUACACCUCAAUGCAAUGCUUUCAAUCCUCUUAAGGUUUACCCCUCAUCUUGGAGCCUAUGAUCAACGGAUGCAUAAUCACAGGAAGGGCUCCAAGAUGAGGAGUAAAUCAUCUUGGUAGGAUUGAAAACGUGGGCUGUGUGGUGGAUUUCCCAUCCAAACUCCACCACCAAUACAUACAUUUAAUGAAUAGGCUAAAAGCUGCCAUUAGGUUCCUGCUAGGUUUGACAAUGGAAGGUACUCCCAUAAUUUGAAUAUAUCCAACGAAUGGUGGUGGGAAAUUUACAAAUUUACCUUUACUCCAGCCAUACUCGCCCCGUGAUAAAUUGGAAUUUGCUUAGACAAUGCAGAAUGUAUUAUAUUAUAUCUUAAAUUUUAAGACUCAAAAUAAUCUCAUGCAUAUGAGCACCUUUAUAUUUAUAGGUGUUAAACUUAGGCACACCCUACGUUCCAAAGUUUGAGCAUUGAUGCCAGUCGCUCUGACUUGCUGUGGAUCAUGGUAUCGGUGAUGAUGGUACCAAGUAUUGGUUGGUUACUCAUGGUUAAAAACUCAUGGAGAACCGAGUGGGGUGAAGAAGGGUACAUUAGGAUGCAAAGGGAUGUGGAAGCUGGGGGUGUGGUUGCUUACAUGCCAAACUUAGUACUGCUGUUCCCUAAACUGUUAACUGUGUACUUCUACCUGAGGCCUGAGCUACGUAAUUUUGCGUGCAUUAAUCAGCUCCAUACAUUGCGGUUUCUAUGAUCAGUUGUGCAUAUUCUCUACCUCAACUGGCAUACUUGUCAUUUAUCAAUACAGUGAAGAAAUUAAAAGUAAAUCACUUCGUUCUCCAUUCUAUUUCGUUGAUUAUUUGAUCUUGUCUAUUUUUAGAACAUACAAAUAUUCUUAGCUUUUAGCCAUCCAACGCUAGUUUACUUAA